CGGCUGUUAGCGGUUAGUUGUCUACUGAUUGAAGAAACAGUUUUUGCAUAGAUGCUAAUGUUCUGAGACAGUGCUAUUAAAGGAGUGGCAUAAAAGGUGCUGAUAAGACAUCAGUAAUGGCAGCAGAUAGCAGUUGAGCAUCGAGCGGAGCUCGGCUCUCGUGAUUGUGAGUGUGUGGGUGCCAGGUGCUAGAGUGGGCUGCAGUGGAUUCUCCGAGCAGUUAGCUGUAGUGCAGUCACUUGCAACUGAUGAGACAUUCAUGGUAAAUGCAAGCUGAAUAAGAAGCCAGUGCUGUAGAGUCGGUGCAUAACAACUUGUCCCAAGUGGUUAGCUGAGGCCUGUAAAGAGUGUCAUUGUUAGUGUGUGUACCUGAGGCUGCAAAGAACCUCCAUUCACUUUUGGCUGCAUUCCAGAGAGGAUGAGCUGCUAACUCGUCCCACACUGCGGUCUGUUCUGUAGCAGCGCUUCUGCAGUCGCUUCUCCGUUUUAACAGACAUGAGCCAGCAGACGCUCGCAGACGACGGGUCCGCACUGGCCCACCUGUCCGAGGACGACAUCUCGGCCGCCGUAUCCGGGGACGGCCUCGUGACCGUGACGGCACCGGGCGUAGCCCCGGCCGACGUAUCCUCCGGUAUCGCCUCGCAGGGCGGUGCCGGGGGCGGCUCGGGCCCGGACGCAGCGUCUGCUACUGCGGUCGGCGAAGAGAAGGCGGGCGGGUCGCAACCGGUGGGGACGUCGGGGUCAGCGGCGGACCAGGCGUCGCGGCAGUCGAACCUGCAGCGCAUCCAGAUGCGGAAGCAGCAGGUCUACAACUGGAGCCACAGCAAGAAGAUGCUCAAACUCGCCAUUUACUCGGCCUGCCAGGGUGAAGACUGCAAGUGUAACGGCUGGAAGACGGCAUCUCCCGCAUCCAAGAACCUCCGCGUGGACGCUCCUCAGCCACUGGCCAACUUUUCAGACCCGUGUCGCAGCUGCAGCCACGCCCUAGAGACCCACGUGAGCCACCUGCAGCCUCCGCUGUCUAUGGAGGAGGUGAACCAGCUGCUGGGCAUGGUGGUGGACGUGGAGAACAUCUUCAUGAGCAUGCACCGCGAGGAGGACGCCGACACCAAGCGUGUCUACUACUACCUCUUCAAGCUGCUACGCAAGUGCAUCCUGACAAUGACGAAGCCGUCGGUGGAGGGUCCCCUCGGACAGCCGCCAUUUGAGCGGCCUAGCAUUGCUAAGGCCAUCACCAACUUCGUACUGUACAAAUUCGGACAUCUGCCACAGAGGGAGUGGCAAACAAUGUACGAUCUGGCCAAGAUGUUCCUGCACUGCUUGAACCACUGGAACUUCGAGACGCCCAGUGUCCGCCGCCACACGGUCACUGCAGAGGAGAUAUCUGCGUACAAAGUCAAUUACACCAGGUGGCUGGUGUUCUGCCACGUGCCAGCAUUCUGUGACUCACUGCCACACUUCGAGACGACGCUGGUGUUCGGGCGGACGUUGCUGCGUGCCGUGUUCCGCUCGGUGUGCCGCCAGCUGAUGGACAAGUGCCACAGUGAGCGUGACCGCAUGCCACCCGAGAAGAGGGUGCUGGUACUAACACACUUCCCCAGGUUCCUGACGAUGCUGGAGGACGAGAUCUAUGCGUCCUCGUCACCCAUCUGGGACCCGGACUUCAAGCAGGCGCCUCCCCCGCACGUGCUGGCUGUGAGCGCGUCUAUGGGGGCGGCCACGGCGACGGCCGGACCCGCGGCCGGCGCCGCCGCACCGGGGGCUUCCCCCGCCUCCAACUUCGCUCGCAAGCAGCUGCGCGAGAGCGGCUCUGUCGCCAGCACUGAGAAGCGUGUGGCCCAGGACGAAGCCUCAGGGACUCCGAGUGCGAGCGGCGGGGGUAAGCGGCGCAAAACUGCGGCGUCGGCGCUGGCGGCCGCGAUGGGGCAGGAGGCGGGGGGAGACCUGCCGGAGGAGACGGUGGCAGACAUCAUCGCCCAGAUCGACCACCCCGGGCACUCCGCAGGCCCCGACGCCGUCUUUCCCGAGAAUGCGCCCCGAGACGAGACGGCGAAGCUGGAGGAGGCGCGCGGCAUCAUCAGCUUCCACGUGGUGGGCAACUCGCUGAUGCGGCCCGUCUCCAAGUCGACGAUGCUGUGGCUGGUCGGCCUGCAGAACGUCUUCUCCCACCAGCUCCCGCGCAUGCCCAAGGAGUACAUCUCCAGGCUCGUCUUUGAUCCCAAGCACAAGACGCUGGCUCUGAUCAAGGACAACCGGCCCAUCGGCGGCAUCUGCUUCCGCAUGUUCCCCGCACAGGGCUUCACGGAGAUCGUGUUUUGCGCCGUCACCAGCAACGAGCAGGUCAAGGGCUACGGCACGCACCUCAUGAACCACCUCAAGGACUACCACACUGGCCUCGGAAUCCUGCACUUCCUCACUUUUGCUGACGAGUUUGCGAUUGGAUACUUUAAGAAGCAAGGCUUCAGUAAGGACAUAAAGAUGAACCGGGCGCAGUACCAGGGCUACAUCAAGGACUACGAGGGUGCGACCCUGAUGCAUUGCGAGCUCAACCCCAAGAUCGCGUACACCGAGUUCUCCGCUGUUGUACGGCGGCAAAAGGAGAUUGUGAAGAAGAUCAUAGAAGCCCGGCAGCAGGAGGUACAGAAGGUACACCCCGGGCUGACGUGCUUCCGUGAGGGUGUGCGCUCCAUCCCUAUUGAGAGCAUCCCGGGCAUCCGCGAAACGGGCUGGCGGCCUGCGGCACGGGCGACACGCGUCUCCCGUGUCACGGAGGAGACGGCCGACCCGGAUGCGUUGCACGCCACCCUCAAGAAUGUCCUCAAUACGAUUCGCAACCACAGUGCGGCAUGGCCCUUCCUGAAACCUGUGGACAAACUGGAGGUUCCAGACUACUAUGACCACAUUAAGUACCCUAUGGACCUGAAGACGAUGGGGGACCGGCUGAAGGCGAGGUACUAUACGACGCGGCACCUGUUCGUGGCGGACAUGACGCGCAUCUUCACCAACUGCCGGCUCUACAACAGCCCCGACACAGAGUACUACCGGUGCGCCAACGCCCUCGAGAAGUACUUCCAGACGCGCAUGCGUGAGCUCGGCCUGUGGGACAAAUAGGAGCGGCCCUGCGGCUCGCCAGCCGCCGAGUGAAGGUCGUGACGGACGCCGAGUGCCGGAGUGCUGGACACCUAUCCGAUUCUACGACAGGUCACUCACGAGUCCGGGUCGGCUGCUGUGGCAGCGAGAACUUGAAGUGAGCAAAUGUGGUGGAACAACCACUCGCGAAAGGACAGUGUGCGCGUGCGUCGGGGGAACUUUCGAUUGUGGGGUGCCACGAGUGUAUGUAGGGGUAACCGAAAUGCUGGAAGUGGUUCCCGGAUGGGGGCGACACGUCUCUAAUGACAAUGCAUUUAGGCUGUCUUCUGCCCCCCCCCCCUCCCCCCUCCUUCUCCCCAAGAUGCCGUUUGAAUACAUUGGUGGCUAACAUUAGCAGUGUUGCCAUUACAUCGACAUAUAUCCAAUUGUCUCUGGAUCUGAAAGCGGAACUUAAAUUUUUACAAGUGUAGAUUUGCAUACUGUGUAUUGCAGCUGCAGUUCAAACUUUAGCAGUAGCUGAAUAUUUGUGAUGUGUUUGUAACUACGAACUGAGUGCUGAAUAGGUUUACAUACAUCUUGUAUUCUUUCAUAAUAAUGACUCAGUUCUGGCAAACUGUAAAAGAUACAUGCAUUAUUAGUCAGCAGCCUUCAGCGUAGUGUAAACUGGGUAGCUCCAAAGUGUGGCAAAUGUGUUAUUUCAGCACCGGGCACGUCUUCUCGAAUGAGGUAGCUUCGAGACUUCUCACAAACAUGGUACGACAGAAAUUGGGCUACUUAAUCAUAUGAAGCUAACCUUAAAAGAUCCUGUAGUUCCAUCUUGUAUGAAGUGAAUGGGGCUGCAGCUGAUCAGAGACUUGAAGAAAUUAAAUAUUGACAGCCACAAUCUUAUGGAUUAUUUUAUUGGACUACCGGUUUCGGUGUUUCAAUGGCAUCAUCUUCAAGUCCCUUUACAUGUAGCUAAACAAGUCAUCCAAACAUUCACACUAUUAUAAGAAUCGCUAGUUUCAACUGGCUUCCAUAGAUUUCUGACUCUUCUACGCAGAUGUGGACUCGCCACUCUACUGAUGACAGAGUUGUGGAGAGUCCACGUCUACAGAGAAGUUUCAGAAAUCUAUGGAAGCUAGUUGAAAUUAGUGAUUCCUAUAACAGCAAGUACGUUUAUAUAACUUAUCUAGCUAUGUGUAUAAAGACCUGAAGAUGGUAUAAAUGAGGUACAGAAACUGGAAGUCCAAUAAAAUAAAUAAUAAAAUUAUGGCUGUUGGUAUUUAUUUUCUUCAAACCCUAAAAGAAGUUAUAUUAUGUUAGACACAUUGUAAUUUAGAUGGUCAGUGUGUAAAGUCUGAUUCCUGAUGAAAUAUUUAGGGAAAGCCAUCUAUUAACAAAGUGUGAUGUAAAUUUUUAUUACAUUUCUUAAUUAUAAGGCCCCUGUGUUUCUGUCUUAUAUAGAGAAAUAUUAACAGCUUGUCUUGUAAGUAGGCGACUUUCACUAUGAGCUCUUCACUCUAAACUCGAACGUGGCACGUCUGUUCCAAAUAAAAUAAUAUGCACAAUUCUUUGUCUUCUGAUAGUGUGGAAUAUUUAUAUUGUUGCCAUAUCUAUGACAGCUCUGUCACUUAAGUGUACCUGUGUGUUGUUUUUAAAGACAGCAUAGUGCUGACACCAUUUAUGGAUUCUUUGUUUAGCUUACUGGCUUAUAAUGUAAACAAUGGGUGUAAUAUUUUCUGUAGUCAUGUGUGUCUUGUCCAUUGUUUAUGAAGCCAAUAAAGAGAAAUGUUAAACUGUU